CAUCGGGCAAUUAAUAUCUCGAUUUGUCAAAUUUGACGAUAUACAUAAGUACAUAAACAUAGACGACGGCCAUUUGAGGGCAAAGUUAAACAUUUAAUGUAAACUUUAUAAAGGGCCAUGAAACUAAAAGUGUCUUUGACUGAGAAAAUCGAACAAAAUGUUCCGGUUACGUGCGUCGGUUGGAGUAGCACUGAAGAAGUUUUUUCGAUAAGUGAUGACAACCAGAUCUUAUCCUGGUCGGUAUCUACUAAUCAGCCAACAAAAAUAGCCAAAUUAGGCAACGAUAUGUUCGCCACAGAUAUGCAGUUCGUUCCACGGUUUGGCACUAAUAAUUUAGGAAAAAAUAGUGAUCUUGUUUUGGUGACCACUGUAGAUGGACGAUUUCAUAUAAUAAACCGUACAGGGAGAAUAGAACGAAGCGUAGAAGCGCAUAAAGGCGCAGUCCUAGUGGGACAAUGGAGCGGCGACGGCACCAGCUUGUUAACAGCGGGAGAGGAUGGAUUCGUUAAAGUUUGGUCCAGGAGCGGAAUGCUUCGGUCGACAGUUGUUAAUAGUGACGCGUCGGUUUAUAGCGCAUGCUGGUCACCAGAUAACCAAAGCAUUGCUUAUACCAACGGGAAAUGUGUGAUUAUUAAACAGCUCGCACCAAAUACUAAACCAUUAAAGUGGAAAGCUCAUGAAGGCCUGGUUCUUUGUCUCGCAUGGAGCGCCACCAGCGACAUCAUCAUAUCCGGUGGAGAAGACUGCAAAUACCGCGUAUGGGACAGCCAAGGAAGACCGAUGUUCUCCAGCGUUCACCAUGGACAUCCAAUUACAUCCAUAGCUUGGUCUCCCCUAGGAGAUCUUUUCGCUGUCGGGUCCUUUAACACUUUGAGACUCUGUGAUUAUUCUGGGUGGUCCAGGGCUCUGGAAAAGCCCCAAAGCGGCAGCAUAUACAAAAUCGCAUGGUCAAACGAUGGCACCCAAUUAGCGGGAGCAUGCGCCAAUGGCCACGUGUGCUUCGCGCAUGUCGUCGAGCGACACGCGCAUUUUUUAAAUUUCAGUGCCACAGUAAGCGAAAGGAAACUAGUAACAGUAAAAAACGUCUUGGACGACACCACGGAAUUCUUGGAGCUCCCAGAAAGAGUCAUACAAAUGUUGCUUAGGUAUUCGCAUUUAGUGAUCACCACCCCAACUCAGUGCUACAUUUAUAGUACCAAUAACUGGAAUACCCCAUUUAUUUUUGACUUAAAAGAUGGUGUGGUGGCUCACUUGGAGUUGGCAGAGAAGCAUAUGCUUUUAAUAGAAAAGAAUACAGUUGGACUCUACAGUUAUCAGGGAAAGCUCGUGGGGAAUCCCAGAUGGCCCAAUAUGCGACUAGAGGCCGUUAGGGCUCCUUUUAUAGCACUAUCUAAUGAUAUUUUAGCUGUUAGGGAUGCCAACGAUCCUAAAGCUAUUCAUAUCGUUGAUUUAACAAGCAACAGAAGCCCCGAAACUCCCACAAUUAUCCACCAUGGGUUGCCAGUACUGCAGGUAGCUCUGGACCAACAAGGCCCCACGGCCAAUCGAAUCCUUGCCUUGCUAGAUAAGUCUAGAGACUUGUAUAUUGUUUUGGUGAAAAGUAAUGGAAGAACUCUUACAAAGCUUGGGCGUAAAAUAGACAGCUUCAAAUGGAACGCAACUACAACUAUUCUAGCAGCGAUUCAAGAUGCGCAGCUGAUCGUUUGGUACUGCCCCACAGCUGCUUUUAACUCUAAGCUAUUGCAGCUUUGCUCUUUACACUAUGACUCUCCGGAGUUAGGGAGAAACCCAAGAAUUAACGAUUUCGUUGGGAACUCGGUCUCUAUAAGGCGUGCCGAUGGGAGUUUAAUUAAUGUGCCCAUAUCGCCUUACCCCGAGUUGAUUUACAAAAAAAUACAUGAAAAUAAAUGGACAGAAGCCUUGGACUUAUGUAGGAGCGUUAACAGCGAUAUGGCAUGGGCUUGUUUAGCGGUGUUGGCCACACAGUCGAAUUCUGAAACGGUUGAUAUCGCGGAAGAAGCUUUUGCCAAUAUAAACCAUUAUGAAAAGGUGUUUUAUAUACAGUUUAUUAAGAGUUUAAAGUCCAAACCAGAGCAAAAAGCCCAUCUAGCCCUCCUAGGUGGCAAAACUGAAGAAGCAGAGUCAAUUCUACUACACAAUGGUAUGGUUUUUCAAGCCAUUUAUGUGAAUAUCAACUUACACAAUUGGCAAAGGGCUUUGGAUUUAGCAACUAAACACAAAACUCACAUUGACACAGUACUCUAUCUAAGGGAAAAAUACUUAGAGUCCCUUGGUAAAGCAGAAAAUAAUAAUAAGUAUAGUAGUUUAAGAGAGACAACUGUGAUAGAUCCUGAAAAGAUUGAGGAAAAAAUUGCAGCAGAACAAAGGAGGAAGCUUAGUCAUUAGUUAUUUUAUCAAUAUACUUUUCUAGGUU